AAGUGACGUUUAGAUAUGAUUACCUGACAGCUCCUGUCAAAUUCAGUGCGUUCAGAUAAUGCAUGUAGUGUUUUAAACAGUACAAACAAAUUACCCGUUCCUCACUACAAAAUAGUCUCGUUCAGACCGGUGACUUUUAUUUUAUGUUUUUGUGACAUCAGCACGCGCUUUAUGAUUCAGAAUGCGCUCCUGUGAUUGAUCGCACUGUCCCGUGUAUUUACAUUCUUCGUGACGAGAUGAAACUCUUCAAAAUCCCAGUCAGACAUUAUCAGUCGUGUUGAGGGGGUAAAAUGGACUAUAGUCGUAAACGGAGGCUGACAUUCUUGACUAUAGGACUGAUUUUCUUGCUCAGCGGGAUCGAGUAUGCUGUGAUUUUGCCCACAAUAUGGAUGUAUCUGCAGACACUAAAUGCGGCACCAUACUUCCUUGGUCUCAUCCUUUCAGCAUUCAGUUUCAGCGGGCUUCUUGCCGGUCCUCUGUUUGGCCACUGGUCAGAUCGUACACGCUCCACCAAAAAAAUAAUCCUGUUUGCAAAUGUUUUUGAGAUUAUUGGUAAUUUAAUGUAUUUUAUGGGAUACUCAAAAUGGUUAUUGCUUUGUAGUCGUCUAGUUGCAGGCAUUGGUAAUGGAGCUGGAUCAUCUAUAUUUGGAUUCUUGACUAGAAAUACUCUGCCUGAUGAACGCUCCACUGUAUUUGCUGUGGUUAUGGCCACCCGACAAGCUGGACUGCUCAUCGGUCCUGCAUUUAAUAUCUUUCUCAGACUGUGUAACUUUCAAGUGGGACCUUUCAUUGUAAACAAAUUCACAUCUCCAGGGGGAUUCAUGUGCCUGCUGUGGAUCCUUCUGCAGUUUGCUGUCAUGUUUAUGUACUGGGACAUCACUCCUCAGGACGAUGCACAUCAGAGGAACGGGGUGGUACAUGAAGAUGUGCCCCAGGAUGAAGUUGAAGAGGAUGCAGAGAGAAAACCUUUAGUUGGGCCUAAUGAACUCACUGGGUCAUACGGCACAGUCACCAGCGUCCAGAUUGGAGCCAACAAUGUUUCCCCAACACCUCCACCUGAGGAUGUAACCUCAAGUCCGUUCAAGAACUUUAGUGCCAGCAGAGAGUUUCUCAGAGAGGAAGUGGUUGUGCUAUUGGCAGCUCAGUUUAUCACACUGUUUAAUCAAACUGCUCUGGAGACUAUGGUGACUCCUCUGACGCAGCAGUAUUUUAACUUUGGCGAGCUGGAGAACAGCAUAAUGUACUGUUUGUGCAGUGUGGAGGUGAUCGCCGGCUUCCUGUUUGUGCGCUGGUUGAGUAAGCGUGUGACGGAGCGGGUGGUGCUGGUCGUCGGCCUCAUUCUCAGCAAUAUUUCCUGUGUCUGGUGUCUUAUAUUUUUGGCCAAUCCCCAGGGGGGAUAUGCGUGGCAGCUGGCGGAGUUUUGCAUCGGGGUUUUCCUUCAGGUCCUGGGUGCUCCUUUUGUGGCGGUCGCCCAGGUGUCUCUCUUCUCAAAAGUAACAUCAGAGAAAACGCAAGGAUUCAGUCAGGGAAUUCGCCGUUCUGUCGGAGGGCUGGCCACCAUUCUCGGUCCUCUAUGGGCGGGCGGUCUGACCUUUAACCUUUAUGUGAUGCUGGGAGUGAUGAUGGGCCUGCUUGUUGUGCUCACUAUCAUGGUGGCGAUCUCGUACGAGCGUCUGGUGGAGCCAGCGGCCACAAUAGACAAUCCCACAGACUCACAGUCCGAGGAAUGUAACCAGGAAAUUGUCACAAGAAGUGUCAGCAAAUGAAUGAAUAAUCUAAAGGAACACAGGAAACCAAGCAAAAGUGUCAUAAUAUAAGAUGUUUGUUCAUACUGCUUCUUUGAUCAAAGAAACGACUACAGUUCUGCUAUAUUUCCUAUGGAAAUUUCAGUAGAUCCAAUAUUUUAUGAGUUAUUAUUGACAAGUCGGCUACCUUAGAGGUAAAAAAUCCUUUUACUUGAGCCAUGAGGUUUUUAUAUUUUGAAAAAAGAGUAUAAUGGAUUGCAUAUUCCGAAAAAAUGGUCCGUAACUGGGCAGUACCCUUUAAAAAGGAUCUAAUACUAUUUUGGUUCAGAUAUGUAUACUUUUGGUACCAAUAUGUACCUUUGAGGUACUAAUAUUAACUUUUUAUAUGUAGAGGUGUACUUUUUGAAAGGGUACAGCCCCAGUGACAGCUAGCGGACAUUUUUUGACCGUUUUAUUUUCUGACAGUGUAGGAUUUGAACAGAUGUGGCUGAGUGCUUAAUUAAAAUAGAUUAAUGGUGUGUUUUUGAAACUAUGAACUUCAUAUAGGUCAUUUUUAGGAAAUUAAGCUAUAUGUGCUAGGUAAAGGUUUCAGUGUACUGGGGUUUAAGGAUACAGGGUUAAAUAUCAGUGUAAAGUAUGCCUCAUAAUCACUCAAAAUGUGCAGUUUCCUCAGAAAAGCCCAGGGAUCAAACACAAGUAUAUUGUUUUAAAAAGCUUUGAUGCCUUUGUUUUGUUUUGUUUGUGUUAGUUGUGUCAUAGUUGAAUCAUUACUGUACACAAGAGGGCGCCCUUCACCCAAAAACAAUUUAGCAAACAUUUAUGGGGCCAAUUACAUUGAGGGGCGGUUUCUGUUUAAAUGUAGAGUUUAAAUUAAUCAAGGACUAGGCCUUAGUUAUUUUAGGACAUUUAAGUAGUUUUUACAAACAAACCUUACAAAAAACUAUACAGGUGUGCAUUUUUAGACAAAACAAUGGUACUGAUAUAUGUUAAAAAUGUCAGUGCAAGUUAAAGUCAAACAUGCAUUAUAGUCUGGGACUAGGAUAGUUCGGGAAACAUUUACAGAAAAAGUGUACAUUUUUUUAUCAUUUUUAUAAUAUGCACUAGCUAACUUGUAUGUAAUGUUAGUUAGUUUGGUAUCACUUUACAAUAAAGCCCUAUUUGUUAACUUGUGAAUGUAUUUGGUAAUAUGAACUAACAAUGAGCAAUAUGUUUUUAUAGUAUUAUUUAUUAAUCUUUGUUCUUGUAUGGUAACACAGUUAAUUAUUCAUUCAUGUUGAAUGAAUAUUGUUGAAAAAUCUUAUUGUGGAAAACUAAUAUGAACAGGUGAUUUAAAAAAUCUUUUUGUAAAUGUUAAAAUUAAUAUUAACUACAAUUAAUAAAUGCUAAAUAUUAAUGGUUUAUGUUAACUAAAGCUAAUUAAUGGAAGCUAAUUGUAAAGUGUAGUACAGCCAUAAAACAACAACAUAUUACUCACUUUUAUCACUUUCAAUUAAUAUGAUUACAACACUGAGAUUAUAAUUUGUGGUGUUCAUUUUGUUUAUAGUAGAAAUGUCUUGUUUAUUUUUAAAGAUUGAUUUUGUGGUAUUUUAAAUAUUGUAUGUGUAAUGAAUAUGUAUUCAUUUAUAGCCAGUGCUGAUAUGUGUCACCAAAAACAAGAUGAUUUAUAAAGGGUUUUAUUUGUUACAUAUUUGUAUUUUAUUUUUAAGCAGAUUUUAGUCAUUUUGUUUUUAUUUAUGUUUUAAUUUGUCAAUGUUUAAAAAUUCUAAACUGCUUUCUGGUUUCUAAUAAUUUUUUUUUUAAUAUUUUUUAAUAAUUUAGAUUUCUAAAGAAAGAUCUGGAGAGCUACUUUUGUAAUAUACUCAAAACUUUCUUGUUUUAUUUGUUGAUUUUAUUUUAUUUUACUUGUUGAUAUGUUGUAUCAUUGUUUAAAAUGUUAACAUACAUUAAAUAAGGCCAGCUAAUAUAAAAAUAUGUAAUAAAUAAAUAAAUAUUACAAUUGAGGCUAUUAAUAGAAUGUGCUUGGCGGGCAACUCACAGACUCUGGGCAACCGGGUGCCCGAGACCAUUGCUGUACAUUUACUUUAUCAAUUAAAACUUUUUGAUUGAUCUUUCCAAUUUGUGUUUAUCUGUUUAGUUUAAUUACUUUGAUAUCAGCCAUAAUGUAAUAGUAAUACCAUGGUUAUUACAUAUA